AUGCCUUCUUCAUCCCUCACCUUCCGCCGACGCGAUCCAGUUGCAGGAGCAACCCCAGCUCCCAGCUUCAACGACAUCAUCUUCCCCAAGAUCUACGAAGAAGCCUGGGGUGCUUCCAAUGGCAACAUCGCAGAUGAUCGAUCUGAAUUCGACCGGGCACGCAUCUUUUUACUCCGCAUGGCCAACAUGACGCCUGACCCCAAGAUCAUCGACGAGUUGCGUACCAUUGUCGCAAACCCGCAGCACAGAACUAUACAGGCUCUGGCCACGGCCAUCCAACAUAGGAUAUUCAAGGACUCGCAUGGCUCGUUUGCCACGACGCCGCUAAUGCAGGCUGUGCGAUUUAUGCUGAUCAAGGCCCAUGUGCCAGAGCUCAUCCUGUCAGAUCGAACAAGAUCCGUUGUCGACUUCUUCUUCGAUCCGACACUCGAGAGAAACCUCAGUCCCGCGCCCACGGGGGAUGUUUCUGUCUACAAAUAUCCCGCAGGGAGGCUGAAAGUUGCCAUUGUAGGGGGCGGCCCUACAGCUCUGGCAUCGGCAAUCUCGAUUGCAGAGAAAGGCGCCGGCAACGUCGAGGUCCACAUGUAUGAAAAGCGCUGGAUUCAAAAAGUUCUUCCCAAUGGCAGCGUCAUCGUCGACUACCCUCCUUCCGCCAAGCGAAGAGACCAAGUCGUGACUUUGCAGGACUCCGUCACACGACUUCUCAGCAAGUCAUCGUUCCAAGCUCUCUUUGCCGGCAGACCAGAGAGAGUGUGGCCUGGUUCAGCCAACAUUCAGAUCCGAAAAGUCGAGGACCGCUUCCUCAAGCGCGUGCAAGAUCCCGAGUUUCAGGGGCUCAUAUACCUGCACUGUGAAGGUGUUACCCGAGAGGACCUUGCCAAAGUCGGCGACUUCCAUGUACUGCUUGGAGCUGACGGAGCUGCUUCUUGGGUGCGACAAUCUUUUUUUCGGGGAUAUGAGAAUGAACGUGGAAGAAGCUAUGCGCUGGGUUUGGCCUUUGAUCGACCUGCCGGCUUGCCGUGGUCACAGCCUCUCAAUGUCUUCCUGACUCUCGGACAGACACGGUAUCUGUUGAACGCCAGUGAUCAUGACGGUCGAGGAUACUUGAACAUGCAGCUCACCGAGGAGGAAUGGCACAAGAUGGUGUCGGUCGACGGCCAGCCCGUUCACUUUGGAAGGCCGGGGUGCUUCAGGAAGCCAGACGGGACCAUUCCUGAAGGCUUUGAACCGAGUCAGGUCUUUGCACCAUCUGAAGACAGGACCAGUCCUUUGUGGAUCUCCAUCUCCGAUGGACUCAAGCUGUUUGGGUUCAAGGAAGAAGAAGUCAUCAAUGUUGUGCGCAUCCCCAUUGUCGUCCAAGCCGUCAGAGAAGGCGUGCAGACGCUCCCACCGCAAGACUCCAUCAACGUCAAGCGCCCCCAUGCCCUCGUUGCCGUAGCUGGCGAUGCAGCAAUGACUGUGCAUUUCUGGCCCGGCCGAGGACUCAACAGCGGCAUCAAGGCUGGCCUGGCACUGGGAGAUGAGCUUGUUCACGCCCUGAACAAUGGCAAGUUCAUCGGCAUGCCCAUCGACGCGCUGAAGGAAUACAACGACUUUAUUCUCAAGCUUCAAGGCCGAGAACACGACAAGCGAAGCAUCCCUAUUCUCAAUCAGUCCGGCUCCCCCGAGAUGCUCGGCUGGCUCCUGCAAAAGGCCAACAGCGUCCCCGAACAAGUAGCCAUCGAAUGGCUCGUCGGCGCUAUGACUCAAAUUGCAGACCGACUGCAGCGAAGAGACGACUGGGCGUAUGACUUUGUCGAAAACGUUGAGCCUCAACUACGUAUUGUGCUGCGGCAGCUUGAUACGGUGACGCUGAAGGAAAUGGCCGUCAGCUUCCCCUGGCCGACACGGGAAAUGGCGGGUGCGGAAGUCCUGCCCAUUCGCUCUAUGAAGGCUGAGGAAAAGCAGAAGUGGCUCAAUAAUCUCUGGGGCCUGCUGCGUGAUGAAAGAAGCAAAGAAGGGCGCGCCCCUCCCCCUCAGGAACGGGAUCGAUCUCCGUCAGCAGCGAGAUUCGAAGCUCCCAAGGGCGGUAAAGCCAGGCCUGUGUCGCUUUUGCCGCCGAGCACUAUCAAUGCUCCCAGUGGAGUUGGGUCAGCCAGCUUGAGGAGGAGCAACGCCACUCAAAGUGUGAGACACAGCAGGAAUCUCUCGGUGCCUGGAGAGGGAGCAUCGAGAGCUCGAUCACCGUCACCAGGGGGCGAAGUCAGUAUCGGCAGGAUGUUGACGGUUCAUAAGAAGCCGCCUACUUCAGUCUUGGGGGAUGCUUUGUCUUUGGCUCUGUUUCGUGUGGAGGAACAGUAG